GCCACCUGUCAGUGUCCAUCAGUGCCAGCUCUCAGUGCUCAUCCAUGCCACCUGCCAGUGCCACAUCAGUGCCACAUUUCAGUGCCACAUAUCAAUGCCACAUAUCAGUGCCCAUCUGAGCUGCCUUUCAGUGUCACCCAUCAAUGCCAGUCAGUGCCACCUAUCAGUGCUGCCACUCAGUACCGCCUAUCAGUGCCACUCAGUGCCGCCUAUCAGUGGCACUCAGUGCCACCUAUCAGUGUGUAUCAGUGCCGCUUAUCAGUGCCAUCAGUGCUGCCUAUCAGUGCGCCUAACAGUGCCAGUCAUCAGUGCCACCUAUCAGUGCCGCCUAUCAGUACCAUAUAUGAGUACUGCCUUUCAGUGCCAGUCAGUGAUGCCUGUCAAUGCCCUUCAGUG